AGUAUAAUUACUUACAGUCUGUAUCAGAAGUAAAAAACUUAAAAUCGUAAUCACUCAUUCAUUCACUUACUAACGAAAAGCUAUUCAAAAGCAAUUCAGUCUUCAAUUGAUAACCGAAGUGAAAGGAAUAAUAAAAUUAAAAUGAGUAAAAUUCUUUUCGUGACUACGUUUGCUUUGAUUGUGAUUGGUAUUGCACCGAAAGUUAGCGGAUUGAAGUGUUACGAAUGUAAUUCAUUUAAUAAUACGGAUUGCCUUGAUCCAUUCGUUCAUUCUAAUGCUGAAGGAUUUUAUAACGAAUGUUUACCGAUUAAUAAAGAUAUAAAAUCAAUUACAAAUGAGGUAGAGACGGUGGAAGCUCGAUGGUGUAGAAAAUUAACUCAAAACGUCUAUGGUAAAAUUCGAAUUAUUCGAUCAUGUGGAUUCAUAAAUGAAACAGAGCAAAGCGAAAAUGUAGACAAAUCAUGCUACAAAAGUGCUUUUACAUCACAUGUCAGUUCAAUAUACUGUGCUUGUGCUGAAGAUGGUUGCAAUUAUGCAACUCAUAAUAUUCCUGUGAAUUUCUUAUUUUUAAUAACGUCACUAAUUGUUAUAAGACAUUUUUUGGAACAUUGAAUUGUGUAUUAAAAAUGAAGUAGAAAUCGUCAGUUUUUGUUCAAAAAUAUUCCAAUAAUAUGUAGAUAGGAAAAUGUGGUGUUAUGUAUUAUUUUCGAAGGUUAUAAAUGAAACGAAAAAGAGAAAUAAUUAUAUCUAACGUUUGCAAGAACUUUUCUUUUUACAUUAACUGUUAAAAGCUAUGAUGGUAGCUAAAGGAACUAAAAUUUCUUUAAUAGAAAAUGACUUUUUAUUAUAUCUAUUCGAAGAU